AUGUCGGCCAAGUCAGAUCUCGAGAAGUUUUUGCAGAAGGCCCGUGAAAGGGAUGCCCGGGUACAGAAGAAGAAGUCCGACUUGUCGGAGCCAUCCAGACAGUCUUACGACAGCUCCAAGGAAGACGCCCAGAACCCGUGGCCGAACCUUGAGGAUUCGCUCCCUGGAACGACAGAUUCUCCUCAGCCUCCCUCCUCUGGAAAGAAGAAGUCUCCCACUGGAAAGAAGGAGUCUCCCCCUGGAAAGAACAAGUCUCCGCCUGGAAAGAACGAGUCUCCCAAAGGAAACACGUCUCCACCGGGCAAGAAAAGCUCUCCCCAAGAAGACUCCGAAUCUCCACCGGGCAAGAAGGUUUUCCAGACUGGAAAGGCUGGGAAGCAACCGAUUCGUACCGACUCAAUGGCGACAAUUCUGGAGACGCCCCCGCCGAAAAACAAGCGAGGCUCCGAGGACUUGUCGGGCGACACGCGGAAGAAGGCGAAGCCUGCUCGCACACAGACAAAUGAGGAGAAGCCAACCUUGGAAAAGAAGGCUGAUGCCAACACUAGCCAAAAGAGGCUAGAAAAGGCCUUUGAUGAUGUCGAUGAAACUCAGAAAGAUGAGCCCGCCGAAGAGUUGCCAUCCCCAGCCAAGAAGGCAGCCUUAACAAAGCCGAAGCCCAACAAGUCAGGCGAUAGUGAGGAGCCGGAGGAACCAGCCGAGAAGCGAAAGAAAGCCCACAAGCUCUACAUGCGCAAGCACAAGAUGAGCAGUCUCUAUGAAGAUUUCCUCACGAGUGUCGGCGACUGGCGAAACAGCAUGGUGUAUAAGUGUAUCAAAAGCACAACUCGCAACGGACGCCGGGGCAUCCGUCGCUGGUUGACCCGCACGCAGCUGAACGCACACUUCACAGACCCGAAGAUCGUGGACGCCAUCAUUGUCCGCAAGGAAACGGAUGAUUACUUGGCUAAAACCGAGAUCCGGGACCACCCGGACUGUCCGGGACUGACUCAGUACCUUGUGCUGGUGGAUGAAGAGCAUACCGACGAGGAUAUGGACGAGAUCACUGACAUGUUCCGAGCGAACGAAGGCAAGAACAACAAGAAUAACAACAAGAACGACGAGACCGAGCAGCAGCAGGCAGAGAAGGAGAGGAUUAAGAAAGUCAAGCAAGAGGCCAACAAGGUCAUCAGUAAUCUCAGCAGACUCAUCCGGGAAACCAACAACAAGAUGGCCGAUAUUGCCGAUCUGAGCACGAAUGUUCAAGCGGCCCUCAAGAAGGAUCUGGACGACUGCAUCGCCCGGCUGACCGCCUCGCGAGCGGAGUUGCAGUCCGCUGUGGACAGCAGCGAGGAGGCUCGCAUGCUGUCGACAACUGAGUCCUCCAAGGAGCUGAUCACGAAGAUGCAGCAGCAAGUGGAUACUUAUCAGGACGCCACUGGAUCCGUGCCCGCACCGUUGCUCAAGAUGGGUUCCUUCAGUGGGAAAAACAAUUCUCGCGAUUUCAAACGAGCAGUUCAACUUCCUGUGGAACCCGUUUAUGUGACGACGAUGGUCAAAGCAAAGCAUGACUCCGAAGAGGAAGUAGCUGUGAAGAUUCCCGUUCUACUUCCACAUCGCAUUCUUACUUACCUAGUGGAUGAGUUGGGCCUCAAGAUCCCACAUGGUGCUCUGGAAAAGUAUUGGUCUCAUUGCAAAGCCUUUUGCCCGUGGGCUCGCCAUCCUGAUUUGGAUGGAAGCCAUAUCCCUUUGACGUUGUACGGUGACACUGCUAGAUACGGCACAGGGUUCGAUCAAAGCAAAGUGACAGGCUGCUUUUUGAGUAUGGUGCUUUGGCGGCCAAAAUCGACGAGGAUGAGCCAAUGGCUAUUAUGGAGCCUUGACAACGAGUUCAGUUUGGGCUGGAAAAGCCAUAAUCCCUUGUACUUUGCAAUUAUGCAAUCGCUGAACGCCGCCUUUGAUGGUCUGACGCCUGAAGGCAACAAGUUGAACAACAAAUACGUUGUUACGCAGCUGAAGGGGGACUGGGAAUACCACUAUCAGACCUGGAGGCUCCGUCGUUGGUGGAAGACACGGUUUGUGUGUUGGCGCUGUGACGCCGAGAAUCACCCCCAAGCCCGGCACUCCAUUGCCGAUCUGCGAGAUGAUCCAUCCUGGGCGCAGACGCAGCAUUCACAUAAUCAUUUCGUGGUGCAUGAGAUGCGAGACAGCCACGUUUGUGCUUUUGCCCGCAAUUAUGCAGUCUUAAUAUUGUUCCUACUUACUUGGAUGUAUCUGAUUGAGAAUGGUUACUUCGGAGAUCCCAACCCGGAUGUCAACUCGUUGCACAAGCUGUUGGUAAUCGCAUAUCGUGACUUCAAGAAAUUCCAGAAGGAGCGAGACCUGGUCUGCUCGCAAGGAAAAUUUGUGCCAAACUUUGUCACUUGGCUGUGCUUGAAAGAAGAGUACUUCGUUUGGAUACAG